AUGGAAAAAGAUCUGACUUCCAUUUCUUCAGUAGGGGAGAAAGAGUCUUUCUUGGUUGACUGCCGGGAAGCUUUACUUGGUCUCAAACUCAAAGGCUUGGCUAGAAGGCAGAACUCUUUCUUAAGUGGCCACAAGCAAGCCCAGAAGAAUCGAAUCAUCGCCCAAAAGCAAGGGAAUGAACUCACGAUCUACGAAUAUCAACGGCCUUUCCCAACCCCGAGUCUAUUUGGAGUCAUAGUUCGAUCCACAACCACAAGCCAAGCUUUCUUAGAAGCACAGCUGAAUGCACACUUCCUUCCUGGCUUAUUGAAUACUGAAAAGCACAGGAAGAUUUUAAAGCGGAAAGAAGAUUCUAGCCUUCCUUCCAUAUUCAAAGAUCAAGGAAGACGAGCAAGAAAACGGAUGCGCGUUAGCGCAACGGCUUUCGCUAACGUUGUUCAAUCCGUUGCUUGUUCCCUUGACCUUUCAUUCACUCUGAUUGACGCUACCCGGUCCACUCAAAGCUUUCAGGCGUUCCUCGGCUGA